AUGGGUUUCUUCGAUGCAGUUAGGGACAACUUCCAAGAAUUCGUUUUCAGUUUGACAACUAAUGAUCGUUACGCUUCUUCAAAUUCUCCUUAUGUCUCAUCUUCAAAUCAAAACUCAUCUCAACAAAACUUCAUGGCUAACAAUAACCAAUCAACUGCUUCAGUAAACUCAAAUAAUGUAAUCUAUACUCCAGGUUUACGAUCAAGAACAAUAAUCGGUGAGGUUCCACUAAAUGACUUUGUUAAUGGCUUGCCCCCUGCUCCUCCAAUCCAAGAAAUCUGGGAAAGAUUAGAAAAUUUUUUUGAUGAAAAUUAUGUAGAAUUAUACGAUAAUUUAUCUGAUCCUGCCACCGCUGCUGAUUUGAAUGAAUUGGAAAACGACUUAAAUUGCACUCUACCUUUGGAUAUUAGAGAAAGUUGGCAAAUUCAUGACGGUCAAGAAAGACCAGGUAAGCCUACAGGUGUGAUAAUGGGGUUGACUCUAUUAGAUAUCGAAUCAAUUGUAGAAGAAUAUGGUGUUUGGCAAACUGCUGCAAAAAGAAUCAACCAUCAAAAAUAUUUAUAUGAUCAAAAAAAAACAAGAAUAAUAGCUCCUCCAAAACCUGGUAUCAACUUUGUCGCUCAUCAACAUUCAAUACCUGAAGGUUCAAUUCAACCAACUUAUGUUCAUCCUGGCUGGAUUCCACUAGCAAAAGAUUUUUCUGGUAAUAAUAUCGCUGUUGAUUUAGCUCCUGGUCCAAAGGGCAAAUGGGGUCAAAUCAUUGUCUUUGGUCACGAUUUUGACACAAAAUUCGUCAUCUCUUCUUCUUGGUCCGACUUCUUAAAUAAAGUGGUUACUGAAUAUGAAAAUGAUGAGUAUCUUCUUGAUGAACGCGACGGAGAAAGCGAAAUUUGGUAUAAAACAAAAGACGGCCGUAUUCUAAGUUAUCUCGACGCUCUUAAAAAUAAGGCUUUAGCUCCUUACAGGAGACAACAACAACAACAACAACAACAAAAGGGUUUUAGAAGACCU